CUUCCAGCCAGCGAGACUGGGCAAGAAGGACCUGAACGGGAACUUCUGCCGUAACCCCAAGAACGAGAGCAGUGGGCCCUGGUGUUUCACUACAGACCCAGAGGUCAGGCACCAAGAGUGUGGCCUGCCUCAGUGCUCCCAAGUGGAGUGUAUGAGGUGUAARGGGGAAGACUACAAAGGGCCGAUGGAUCACACAGAUAGUGGGAAGGAGUGRCAGAGAUGGGAUUCAUCCAAGCCCCACAGACACCCCUACCAACCUAAAAAGUACCCUGAUAAAGGGCUGAAUGACAACUACUGUCGGAAUCCGGACAACCGUCUGCGUCCGUGGUGUUACACCAUGGACCCACAAACACCCUGGGAGUACUGCAACAUCAGUGUGUGUGACCCAGGUAAUGACUCUGAUGUGGAUGCUACAUCGUCGUGUUUCAGGGAGCAGGGACAGAGUUACCACGGUACUGUGAGCGUCACCCCGUCGGGCGUCACAUGUCAACGCUGGGACUCCCAGUUCCCCCAUAACCACACCUACAGCCCGCAGAARUACAAGUGCAAAGACCUGAGAGAGAACUACUGUCGGAACCCAGAUGGUGCAGAGAUCCCAUGGUGCUUCACUACAGAUCCUAACCAGAGACUAGCCUUCUGCACCAAUAUACCCCGGUGUGAGACAGAGAACAUCGACACAGAAGAUUGUUAUGAGGACAAUGGAGGGAAUUACACAGGCAAUUUAUCCAAGACCAGAUCAGGAAUUCCCUGCGGACUGUGGGCAAAUCAUAGCAACAGUGGAGAAUCCAGCGUGGGUUUGGAGAGGAACCUGUGCAGGAAUCCAGACCAGGAUAAGCACGGUCCCUGGUGUCACACUACGGACCCCUCUAUCCCAUGGGACUACUGCAAGCUCAAACGCUGUGAUAAGUCUCCAAACAUCUCUGCCCACCCAAGAAGCAUCUCUCUCGUGUCUAAGACAUCCUGUUUCAUCCACAAGACCACCCGGAUUGUUGGAGGAGCGCAGGUCCACAAGGCUAAGGAUGGUAGUUGGGUUGUCAGCAUCCAGAAAGG